AACGGGCUAGUUUGAAACGAAUAAGGCACAUUAUCAAAACAAAUGAACGUUUUGCAACAUCAAGGAUGCAAGUUAUUAAAACCUAAAGAAUUAUGUUUUUUAUUCAGUACAACAGAACUUAGAAAAUACAGAACAUGCACACCUUUUUCGUCUUUAAUAGGAUAUAUUUUAUUGAUUUUUGACUACAAACAUUAUAGGAUAUAGCAGUAUAGAUUGAGACGAAGAUCUCGGUUAUCUAAACACAUAACAGAAAUAGCUUCACAUCUUACUAGCCCUUCCUCUGCAGCAAAUAGGAUGGUGGUAGAGGUGGAGAGUUUCUAUGGCGUUUAUAUGCUGUACUGUACUAACCCGAAAUUCAAGGGUCGAAUAUAUAUUGGCUUUACUGUAAACCCAGAGCGCCGUAUAGAUCAACACAACGCUGGGCGACACCGAGGAGGAGCCAAGAAGACAAGCGGCAGGGGACCGUGGGAGAUGGUCCUAAUCAUUCACGGCUUUCCAUCUGAUAUCGCAGGCCUUCGGUUUGAGUGGGCCUGGCAGCAUCCACACAUUUCCCGUCGACUGUCCCAUGUCUCCCGGCGCAGCCGGAAAGAGUCCAGCUUAGACUUCCACUGGCGUGUGGCGUCGAGCAUGCUGCGCGUGUCUCCGUGGAGCCGACUUCCCCUCACUGUGCGCUGGUUAAAGCAGGAGUACAGGAUGGACUUCGCCCCUGAGCUGCAGCCUCCUCUACACAUUCCUCUAACGUUUGGCUGCGUCCGUGCUAAGAAGAAACCCCAGCAGGAGUGCGGGGAUCGAGACGACAGGCAGGUGGAGCGCUGUGUGCUGUGCGGGGCGUUUGUUAAGGCUGUGGAUAGACUCUCUUGUUUCCAUCCUUCCUGUCAGAUGGUUAGUCAUCUGAUUUGCCUGGCUAAACACUUCCUGAAAGCAGACCCUUCCCACCUACUUCCUGUGGAGGGAAAGUGUCCUGGCUGUCAUCACUCGGUGCUGUGGGGGAGUUUAAUACGCCAUAAACACGGCUGUUACGCUGAUUUAGAAGAAAUGACCUCAUCUUCAUCUCAGAGUCACUGGACAGAUGAACUCCAGUUUUGAAGACAUACAGCUUAUUUUUUAAUAAGUAUUAAUAGAGUUUGAAUGUCUGACCUGAAAGACUGACCGCUCAUUAAGGCCAAAGCAGAAAUGUAGAAUAACCAAGGGUAUAUAGAACAAGAGUCUCAAGUCUUAAGACAUUUCAAAAAGAUAAAAAAUAUUUUAAUAACACAGUAAUAUGCUUAAACAAGAGCAAGAGCAAGAAUAAUGGCUGGGUAGUAAGCGUUUUUAAAAUAUCUGUUGUUUUAAAUACAUUUAAAUGUGAUGAUUUUGUAUCUGAACUUAUUUGAAGAUAUUUAUUGAACAAUAAAUCUGUUUACUUUGUUUUA